CACUAUGGUGUACUUGACACCGGUGGUAUCGUCACGCUGCAGACAAGUAGCAUCCUCUGGAUUCUAGUAGCUAGCUGAAUCAGAUAUAUGUGCUUUUAUGUUUGUCUUACUCUGUAUGCUGUGUUUCUACCUAGCCUAGCCUACACAGCCACACUGAGUAUUGAUUAGUGUUUGAUUUAUUUCGUAUUAUCUCUGACCACUGCGCUGCCUGCAUGGCAGACUUGGAGAUGCCAGGCAGAACACAUGGAGUUGGAUUUUUCUUAGAGCUGAGAAGAAAGCUUCAGAGUGGACUGCUUAUCGUCGGGAAAGAUUUGGCGAGAAGUCCUACAGACGUGGUCGUGACGGGUGGAGACUGUUCUCUCCACAUCCGCACUCCCGGAGGCGAGCUGAGCCUGACUUUGCCAGCAGGAGUCUCCUACGAGCAGGGAUCCUGCAUCCCGACACCUGCGGGAGAGUCCUGCGGAGAGGAGCUGCAUUUCAGACUGCGCGUCGAUAUCACACGGCGCAUAGAUGAAGAGACUUCUGACAGCGUGAUGGAGACACUCCGGGCGAAAGAGACUUAUUGCUUCUACUGCCAGUGCUGCAUGACCAGGCUGCUCGAGGACAGAAAGUUUAAGCGAGUUCUUCCUCUCCCUAACGGCAACUGGAACUCCCUCGUGGACGACUGGUGUUGCCACGCUGAUCCGUUCGCUAAGAAGCUGCUGCCGCGACCUGAGGACUGUUUACUGGGGGACACCUUCAUCCUCCUAGCCAGAGAUGGCAGCUGUGAACAAACUCUCACUGAGGAAGUGAGCCCUGUUGUCUCAGAGGACGGUCAAGAUUCAAAGAAACCCUGCCGCCGACUGACACUCCUCUCCUGCAAGAGCUGUUCAACAGUGCUGGGAGAGGCUGUCGCACCAGAGACGGUGAAGCUGUACAUCACACAGGUGGUGGUGGAACACGCUGUGGGAGACCGAGAGCCAGAAGAUUCACUUAACAGAUCGCUGUACGUGGAGAAGAUGGUAGCAUCCAGGCUGUUUGGGCUGUCCUCCUCACUGAGCACUUUCCACUUCUCCGUCCAGACUCCUGAUGAAAAAGAUUUCUUAUUGCUCUGGCUGCUGAACAGCGACUCCAUCACAGCGUUGGUCCCGGAGACGUAUGUCAGGGGUGAGAGGUCUGGCGACUCCCCCACUCCUCACAGUGAAUCACCUAAAGCUGCCAGAGUCCUGAAAGUCCUCUACACCGCCUGCUCCGGCACAGGCGUCCAGCAGAGAGACAUUGUAACUAGUUGGGAGGCCAAUGCCAUUGGACAUCCUGUGGUGCUGCCACUGAAGGUGUGUGAGGAGCUUCUGCAAGUGAUGGAUGACAGCAACUCUACACUUCCUGCGUCUAUGCGUCGCAUGAGGUCCUAUGAGGUGGCGUACCUGAGACUGUGAGGUCAGAGGUCCGAUGCCAGGAGGUCAAGACUCCACUCGUCACUCCUUGGAGAAUCCCAGAGGACCUGGUGCAGCCGAGUCGAGUUGUGGUUUCUGGUGGCUUCCAUCAACAUGUUUGGUAUUGUGUCAUCACCUGCAAACAGAUUCAUGUUGAAACAGGUUGUUGCCAGACUUGUAAAUGUUAGCGCAUAUCCAGUAAAUGCAAAACUGAAAAAACGUCAUCAAAAUACUUUUUAAUAGAAUAGAUAGUUAUAUCUCUUUAUAGUUUGUCAGUUUUAAUCCUACUGUAUAAUGAUAUCAACAUGUAUCAUUGUGGUUUAAAAGCCUGUGUACAUUGUAUGUUUGUCCAUUCCUAAGAUUUAUUUUGUAAUUGUUUCCUACUAUUCUUAACAAAAAGAGAAUAAACUGUAUUUUUCUUUGAAAG